AUGUCUGUUUCCAAGAUUGCCUUCGUUUUAAGCGCUAUUGCUUCUUUGGCUGCCGCUGACACCACCGCCGCCCAAACUGCUGAAUUGCAAGCUAUUAUCGGUGACAUUAACUCUCAUCUUUCUGACUACUUGGGUCUAGAAACCGGUAACAGUGGAUUUCAAAUCCCAUCUGAUGUCUUGAGUGUCUACCAACAAGUCAUGACUUACACCGAUGACGCUUACACUACCUUAUUCAGUGAAUUAGACUUCGAUGCCAUUACCAAGACCAUUGUUAAAUUGCCAUGGUACACCACAAGAUUGAGUUCUGAAAUCGCUGCUGCUCUUGCCUCUGUUUCUCCAGCUUCUUCCGCUGCUCCAUCUUCUUCCGCUACUCCAUCUUCCUCUGCUGCUCCAUCCUCUUCCGCUGCUCCAUCUUCCUCUGCUGCUCCAUCCUCUUCCGCUGCUCCAUCUUCCUCUGCUGCUCCAUCCUCUUCUAAGGCCGUUUCUUCUUCUGCCGCUCCAACCACUUCUUCUGUCAGCACUUCUACAGUUGAAACUGCUUCCAAUGCUGGUCAAAGAGUCAAUGCAGGCGCUGCCUCUUUCGGUGCUGUUGUUGCAGGUGCAGCUGCUUUAUUGUUAUAA